AUGAAAACCCUAUUUGCUGCGGACAUAGCAUUGGUUUGGAAGGACCUGGGGGUAAUCACAGCUAGACUGCAAUCGCUGGAAGACUCUGGCGACAAUGUGCAAUGCCAGCAGGAUGCUCCGCAGUCUGAGCUGGAUGCGCUCAAACUAACCAAUCUUCUCAUGGAGGGCAGAAUAGCAGCACUUGAAGACUCCAAACGACAACGCAAUCUCAAGAUUCGGAGUGUCUUUGAGGAGGUUACAGAAUCCGAAACCCCCCACUACCUCCGCCGCCUGCUAAGCAGCAUACUAACACCAGCCAAAGCUAAAGCAAUCUCGCUGGACACUUACUUCAGGCUCCCAAAACCAGCUAAGGCCCCGGACGGGGUUCCCAGGGACCUGCUAAUAAGCUUCCAAUCACUGCGCAGUAAACAGCUGGUACAAGCGGCUGUCCGUGACACACCUUCGUACCACUUUGAAGGAGCCAACCUCACCUUCUUUAACGACCUGACUAGGUCCACCAUGGUCUGGCGGCAAUCAUUGCAUCCAGUCACCCAGCACUUAAGAAAUCACAAGGUGGCAUACCGCUGGGGUCCAGGCCGGAAACUCACAGUGCUUCACGACAGGAAGAGAAUCCAGUUACAGCAGCAGUCGGAUGCGGGAAAAUUCUUCAAGGCACUGGGGCUGCCUACACCAGAGACCCUGCAAACAAAUGCUCCAGGUGCAAACUCCCAACCAACGACUCAGAUGUGGGACGUAAGUAAUGUUCAACCCUUCUACUCGAAAGCUAGAUCCACAGUAGUGGAGCCGAACCUGGUUGGCACUUAA